AUGUUCUUUAUCUACUUAUCCACAACAUCAAACCAUCGUUCACAACACAAUAGCCAACAACAAUGGCAACAUUUUUCCUCACUUCAACUCUCCCUUCUUCUUCACCCAAUUCACUUCAAUCCAUCCCCAAACCUUCAACUGAAUUAACUCUCAAUUUCAGCCAUACAUUCAAACCCUUUCAGCCUAAGCCCAAACCCUCUCACCGCUACCACAAUCAGCCCAAUUACGGCCCAUUAGUAAAGGCCUUAGCUUUGGAUUUCUCGGGCUCAUUCUUUGAAGGCGGGUUUGAGGGUUUGGAUGAAGAUCCGCCGUCAACUCCACCCGCUGGUUUAGCAGUUGCUGAUGAGAAACCGGAGCCCCAAUGCCCACCGGGGCUCCGACAGUAUGAAACCAUGGCUGUUCUUAGACCUGAUAUGACCGAAGAUGAGCGUCUUUCUUUUACCCAGAAAUAUGAAGAGUUACUUGUCGCUGGGGGAGCAAUGUAUGUGGAAGUCUUCAACAGAGGUGUCAUUCCUCUAGCUUACAGCAUCAAAAAGAAGAACAAAGCUGGAGAAUCUAAUACUUACUUGGACGGCAUUUAUCUCCUCUACACCUAUUUCACUAAGCCAGAAUCCAUUACAGCACUUGAGGCAACACUCAAAGCAGACGAUGACGUCAUAAGGUCAUCGACCUUCAAGAUUCAUAAGAGAAAAUACUGAUAUCAAACUUACACUAGUCUAGGUUCCAAUGGGUUAAACGCAGCGAAAAAUAGAAUUCAAUUUUUGUGCACUGUUUCCUUUUGAUCAUUAUCAUUCAAGUUUCUGUAGCAUAUCAUUUUUUUGGAGUUUAAGUAUUGACAAGUUCUCCACUGUUGUGAAAUGACAUAAUUCGCCUCGAGUUGAAAACCCUUUUCUUGUUAUUGGCUUAUUCUAUGUGCAACAAUGACUUUGCUGUUGAAUGUUCAUACUAA